AGUGUGCAUUUAAAUCGCGUGGAGGGUCGACGCUUUUGAAAUACAGUGUUCUGAAUAAAUAUAUAUAUUUUUAAUUGGAAUCGAAGUUACAUACAUACAUACAUAUAGAGAUAUACUAAAUAUUAGGUUGUAACGAAAAUGAAAUCCUUAAGGAAUAUAGCUGUUUCACUUGCAUUAACUUGGUGUGUUUUCGGUGCAGUUUCUGCGGAGAGUUAUGGAGCGUGCCAAACGCCAAACGGCGCACUCGGCGAAUGUAUGUUAAUACAGAAAUGCCCCGAACUUAAUGACAUGGUUAAACCCAAUUUAGAAGAAGCGGAAAUGGUAUUUUUAAGACGGAGUAGAUGUGGAGACCUUGGCAAAAGUAUUCUGGUUUGCUGCCCAAGGUCUCAACAAGCUCGUAUCAAUAUUUUGGAAGAAAAGCCAGAUGACUGCGAAACUCCGAAUGGCAAAAAAGGUCGUUGCAUUUCUAUUCUUGAAUGUGGUUCCUUAUUAUCUUUAGUCAAAGAAGAUUUAUCGGCAAAUGAAAGAGAUUUCUUAACCAAAAGCGUAUGUAAAGAGGGAAAACGACAGGUGUGCUGUCCCGACCCACUGACGAAAAAUCGUGGAGAAUUACAUUUGCCCCCGAAUUGUGGAAAAACUUCGUUAACUGGGCGCAUUUAUGGUGGAACCGCGGCGGAUAUUGAUGAAUUUCCAUGGACGGCUUUACUUAUAUACACGCAAGAUGUGCAAUUGAAAUACUCCUUAUAUUUUGUCAAACAUUAGAAGCGUUACUUAAUACAAGGUGAAUAAAGUGAAUAUGGUGCUAUUUGAGUAAUAAUAUGUAUAAUCGAUUUUUAGUAGGUAUAUAAUUUAUAUUGUGGAACAUCACAAGCUGCACUCUAGCCCAGCCCCAAUUUUGACUUUCACACGCUAAAAAGUCCUACAGUGAAAUUUCAAAGCAAUUCGAAUGUUAAAAAAAGUCUUUGAUGUCUUAAAGGACAUGCAAAAUUUUAAACCACCGUUGUUAAUGUUGAACGUAAAUAGACCCCGGAAAGUUCAGUAGAGAUAGACCUCAAAAUAGCUAUCUUCUUCCGAAGAGACCCAAAAAAAGUUUAACUGGCAUUUAAAGAAAAAUUCAAGACGUAUUUAAGUCUAGAUAUCCAAGAGAGCAAAUGCCCGGCGUUUGAUAGAAUAUUGUUUGCUUUAUAGAGAAAAACGCAGGACGCCCCUUCUAACUAGAAUUCAACGAAAACGACGUGUAGAUUUUGUAGUGUCCCAUUGAUUUUGGACUGCAAUUCAUUUGGAGAGAUUAAUACACAGGCUUAGUGAUCGAUAUUAUUUUUGAUUACCAAGAAAUUAACAGUACUACUCUCACUAUGUUUCACGCGUAUAUGGUGGUCGAUGUGUUUUCUGGUAUAGCGUUAGUCCUUACAAUCGAUGGAAUUUUAAAUAAGGAAAAAUUCGUAAGUAUACUAAAGAAUGUUAUUUUGUCGGGGGUUGAGAAAAAUUUGACUGUUUUGAGGAAAUUUCAAGGAAUAACAACCCAAACCUCAUGCCAAAGUCACAGAUAAUGUUUUGAAUGAAAAUUUCAUCAAUGUUUUGUCAUAGCAACCAUUUUGUUCUGACUUUAACGCACUAGAACAUCUCUGAGGAGACAUUAAAGAGCCGUCAUUGGAGAAUAUUGAUGUCUUUUUUGAUAAAAUAAGAACGACAUGGGAAUCAGUAUAAGUGAAGCGUUGUGGUAAGUUUAUUAUAUCAAGACGCAAUCGAUAUACGGCAGUGUAAAAGUGUUAUACAACCAAAUAUUAAUUAAAAAAUUAAUGUACAUAUAUUUUCUAUUAUCAUUGUGUUUAUCUCAAAAUAUAUCUUCGUUUCCAAUUAGUAGUCUCACUCAAAUCGAGGAUUUCACAUGUUUUUGUAAAAAACAAAAAUAUUGAAACAUGAAUUUUGAAUAAUUUGUUUUGUUUUGAAAUUGUCCAUAUGUUUAAACAAAAUUAACGAAAAAAAAUUUUGGUUAUAUGAGCGUUUUAGUGUAAAAAGAUUAUAUACAGUAGUUUCCCGAAAUAACGAACACAUAAAUUGUCAGGCCUGUUCGCUAUAUCGAAUUUUUCGUUAAUUCGAGUACUCACUUAGAGGUAUUUUUAUCACUAAAAAUGAGUUAUAUAUCCGUAAAUUGCAGUUUAAUAAAUUGUUUUAUUAAUUAUUUGUUAAAAAAUUAAAAACCAUAACAAAACAAUUCAAACCCAAUAAAUUCUUCCAAAAUGGACCAAUUCUGACACUCACACUACUAUUUGGUGCUGAUCAAUAAUUUACAGUUUUUUAUAAAAUUCAACCUUUUUUUCAAUUUGUACAUUUCUUUUGAAUUUUUUUCCAGUUUUAUUUUUAAUUCUGGUUCGAUGUUAUUUGAUUUUUUCCUCUUUCUUCACAUGUAUGUCUUCUUCAUGUUGUUCGUUAAACCGAGUACUUACAAAUCCCCGAUGUUCGUUAUUUAAGGUACUCAAUGUAACAAAUUUGCUUGUUCGUUAUAAGCGGUUUUCGUUAAAACGAAUAUUCGUUAUUUCGGAAAACUACUGUAUAUUAUAUUAAGUUUCUUUGCUAAUUAGCUGUAUAAAUUAAGCAUCAACAUGCACAAAUACUGUAUUUCUAGUGUGGCAUCACCCAUCUUAAAAUCACUGAAAUCGGUCUAUAACAUUUCAAAGCCCCAGAUACCGAACAUGAGGACCUCGGUGUUGGUGACCUAUUUUGUACCAUGUAUAGUCGCAGCAGUGCAACUAUUCGAAUAAUCGUAAUAGAACGUGGUAUUAAUCUGUUAAUAUUCAUACGAACAGUUACAAACCGGAUAUUCGAAUAAUCGGUUUUAAGGUUAUUACAAUAAUUUUGAGAACCCUACUUUUUAUGUGUAUAUACCGUAUAUAUCAGUUAAUAUGUAAAAUAUCUUAGCAAAAUUAUGUGAACGUAUACAUAUCUCGGAUAUGAUGUAGGUGGUUGGUUAAAAUGAGUAAAAACGUCUAGGAAUUAUCACAGCCCCAUAUACCAUAUAUAGUGAUUCUAGUCAAUCCAGUGGACUUUAUGCCAAAUAUAUGGGUCGAAUUGUGUGUUACUUUAAUAACAAUAAAUAUAUGUACAUAUGUCUUGCGAGCGUAUAAAAUGUUCGAACUUAGGCUUACAAAGAUGAUAAAGGUUGACCCGAUGAAAGUUCUGGUGUAACCGAAUAUUUUAUACUCUCGCAAUUACUUUAUUUAAUUUUAUUAAUAUAAAAAAUGGGGAUGGGGUCAUAUGUAGAAGUUCACGCAAGUGAGGAAAGUUUCUGAUUGCCAUUCACAUGGGAGUGGCCAGGAACGAUUCUUUUGCAUAAGACUCGAGCAGCUCACGACUUCCGGUUUUAGACCAAGUAUCCCCUGGGUAGCUAACAGACAUCCGUUUGGAGGCGAGCUAAAGUGAGAAGGCGAAGCCCGCUUGUGCGGUUGUGCGUAGGGCUUGGGACCCACCACAUAAAAAAAUCUCCCCAAUGAAAACAAACACCGAGCCUCGGAUGAGAAACCCCCCUUUUGAUGACGACCCCUGCAAACGUACUAAGGAUCGUGAUUUGAGGGCAUGCACCUGGAAUGUCCGGACUCUUAAUUGGGAAGGUGCCUCUGCCCAGCUGGUUGAUGUCCUCAUACAACUAAAGGCUGACAUCACCGCCGUCCAAGAAGUGCGAUGGACGGGACAAGGACGGAAGAAAGUGGGUCCUUGUGACAUCUACUACAGCGGCCAUAUAAAGGAGCGCAAAUUUGGUGUUGGAUUUGUGGUGGGAGAGAGACUACGUCGCCGAGUCCUGGCAUUCACCCCGGUGGAUGAACGUCUUGCCACAAUCCGCAUCAAAGCGAGGUUCUUCAACAUAUCGCUGAUUUGCGCCCACGCCCCAACGGAAGAGAAGGACGAAGGACGAAGGAGAAAGUCGUGCUUGGCGAUUUUAACGCCAGGGUGGGUAAAGAAGGUGUCUUUGGCACAACAGUCGGAAAAUUCAGCCUCCAUGACGAAACAUCGCCAAACGGCCUGAGGCUGAUCGACUUCGCUGGGGCCCGAAAUAUGGUUGUCUGUAGUACCAGAUUCCAGCAUAAAAAAAUUCAUCAAGCAACGUGGCUGUCCCCUGAUCGAAACACGCGCAAUCAAAUCGAUCACGUUGUGAUACACGGAAGACAUGUCUCCAGUGUUUUAGACGUGCGUACGCUCCGAGGACCAAACAUUGACUCGGACCAUUAUCUAGUAGCAAAAGAUACGCACUCGCCUCUGUGCAGCAAAGAACGCCCGUCAACAAACACAAGGAAGGUUCGACGUCGAAAAGCUGCAAUCUGCUGAAGAGGGAAGCGAGACGCAUUUGCAGACGUAAAAAGAAAGAGGCCGAAAUGCGUGAGUAUGAAAAGCUUGAAAAGCUGGCCGACAUGGGUAAUGCUCGAAAAUUUUAUGAAAAGAUGAGGCGAUUAACAGAAGGUUUCAAGACCGGAGCAUUAUCAUGUAGGGACCGAGAAGGUAAUCUGGUAGCGGAUGUCCAGAGCACACUGGGAUUAUGGAGGGAACACUUCUCCGACCUGCUCAAUGGCAGUGAAAGUACAACACCAGGAGAUGGCGAACCCGAUUCCCCAACCGAUGACGAUGGAGAAUUCGAAUAGCAAUUACCCGCUUGAAGAACAACAAACCGGCGGGGGCCGAUGGAUUACCGGCCGAGCUAUUCAAAUACGGCGGCGAAGAACUGAUAAGGUGCAUGCAUCAGCUUCUUUGUAGAAUAUGGUCGGAAGAAAGCAUGCCUGACGAUUGGAAUCUUAGUGUGCUCUGCUCAAUCCAUAAGAAGGGAGACCCCACAAUCUGCGCCAACUACCGUGGUAUAAGUCUCCUCAAUAUCGCAUAUAAGGUUUUGUCGAGCUUAUUGUGUGAAAGACUAAAGCCCACCGUCAACGAACUGAUUGGACAUUAUCAGUGUGGCUUUAGACCUGGAAAAUCCACAAUGGACCAGAUAUUCACCAUGCGCCAAAUCUUGGAAAAGACCCGAGAGAGAAGAAUCGAUACUCACCAUCUUUUUAUCGAUUUUAAAGCUGCCUUCGAUAGCACGAAAAGGAGCUGCCUUUAUGCCGCGAUGUCUGAAUUUGGUAUCCCUGCAAAACUAACAAAACUAACUAACGUUGAGCAACACCAAAAGCUCCGUCAGGAUCGGGAAGGACCUCUCCGAGCCGUUUGAUACCAAACGAGGCUUCAUACAGGGUGACUCACUAUCGUGCGACUUCUUCAAUCUAUUGCUGGAAAAAAUAAUACGAGCUGCAGAACUAAAUAGAGAGGGUACAAUCUUCUACAAGAGUGUACAGCUCCUGGCGUAUGCCGAUGAUAUUGAUAUCAUCGGAAGCAACAACCGCGCCGUUUGUUCUGCGUUUUCCAGACUAGAUAAAGAAGCGAAGCGUAUGGGUCUGGUGGUGAAUGAGGACAAGACGAAAUAUCUCCUGUCAUCAAACAAACAGUCAGCGCACUCGCGCCUUGGCUCCCACGUCACUGUUGACAGUCAUAACUUUGAAGUUGUAGAUAAUUUCGUUUAUCUGGGAACCAGCAUUAACAACACCAACAAUGUCAGCCUUGAAAUCCAACGCAGAAUCACUCUUGCCAACAGGUGCUACUUUGGACUGGGUAGGCAAUUGAAAAGUAAAGUCCUCUCUCGACGAACCAAAAUCAAACUCUAUAAGUCGCUCAUUAUUCCCGUCCUGAUGUAUGGCGCUGAAGCGUGGACGAUGACAACAUCCGAUGAGACGACUCUUGGGGUUUUCGAGAGAAAGGUUUUGCGCAAGAUUUUUGGUCCUCUAAACAUUGGCAACGGCGAAUACCGCAGACGAUGGAACGAUGAGCUGUACGAUUUAUACGACGACAUUGACAUAGUUCAGCGAAUAAAAAGACAGCGGCUACGCUGGCUAGGUCAUGUUGUACGGAUGGAAGAAAACACUCCAGCUCUGAAAGUAUUCGAUGCAGUACCCGCUGGAGGAAGCCGCGGAAGAGGACGACCUCCACUCCGGUGGAAAGACCAAGUGCAAAGUGACCUGGCUUCACUUGGUGUUUCCAGUUGGCGCCAAAAAGCAAAAAGGAGGAAUGAGUGGCGCGCUCUGGUGGAUUCGGCUAUAAUCGCUUAAAGCGGUUCCUAAGCCAAAUAUAUAUAUAUAUAAUAUAAAAAACACAAUUUGGUAUAUACAUACAGUGGCGAGCAAUACUGGUCGGAUUUUUGCCAAAUUCCAACAUAUAGUGCUAUAAAAAAGUAAAUACCAAUACGAUUUGUUUAAAAUUUUGGAUUUUAAAUCAUUAUUUAUUUCUUUAAAUGUAAUGCAAUGUAAAAUAUUAGAAAAGGAAACAAAAACCAAUAAUUUCAUAGGAAAACCAUCAAAAACUCAUGCGUCCAGUUAUGCACGCCAACCUCAGUAUACUUUGAUUUUUGAAUUGCCGUUAUUUUUUGGAAAAAUUUAAUGAGUUUUACAGCCGGUUUCACGAAAUUUUUUAAUUGAAAAUUAAGUUGCAUUUAAUUUUUAUUUUUAUUUAACUUUGCACUUAAGUUUCCUACGUUUCACCAUUAUUGACAUUUGGCAUCCAAAAAAUUAAAAGGCAGGGAUGUUAGUAAGAAUAACAGCUGAUUUAUGUAAACAAAUAAAUUGUAUUUCUUUGUCAAAAUGGUAAACAAAUGGGAAUUCAGCUGAUAGAAAAGCGUAACCAUGGUUACAUAUGACAGUAUUUAAAUAAUAUUUAAAUGGCAAAGCGUGACCAUUUAAAUAAAAAUUAAGUGAAAUGGUGAAACUGAAAUUAAUUAUUAUACUUUCGCAACAUGUUGCACAGAGUAUCAUAGUUUUGUUCACAUAACGGUUGUUUGUGUCACCAAGUAAUAAAAGAGUUAGAUAUGGAGUUAUAUAUGUAUAUAUAAAUGAUGAGGAUGACGAGUGGAUUUGAAAUCCGGAUGUCUGUCCGUCCGUCUGUCCGUCUGUCCGUGCAAGCGAUAACUUGAGUAAAAAUUAAGAUAUCUUAAUGAAACUUGGAACACAUAUUCCUUGGCACCCUGAGCACCAAAAUCGGUCCACCGCCACGCCCACAAUAUGGUGAAAUUUUUUUGGAGAAGUGGGCGUGGCCUUCCCACAAAUAGGUUUUUUGUAUUUAUCUCGCAAAUCAAUAAAGCUAUAUAAGGCAAACUUUCUGCGGUCGUUUCUUUUAGCCACUUCUUAAUGCAGUCAGUGAAAGAAAUCGGAUAAUAACCACGCCCACCUCCCAUACAAAGGUUAGGUUGAAAAUUACAAAAAGUGGGUUAACGCGCUAAGGAAAAAUGUCAGAAACACUAAAUUUCACAUAAGCAAUGGCAGAUAGAAGCUGCACUCAGAUUUUUUUACAAAAUGGGAAAUGGGCGUGGCAUCGCCCACUUAUGGGUCAAAAACCAUAUCUCAGGAACUACUCGACCGAUUUCAAUGAAACUUGGUUUGUAAUAGUUUCCUUGCAUCCCAAUGAUAUUUUGUAAAACUAGGCCAAAUGGGUUCACAACGACGCCUACUUCCUAUAUACCAGAACUUUGAAUACGAUCUGAAUCGUUUACUUUACAAUAUAUAAAGUAAGCACUAGUGAAUAUAUCGGUGCAGAACUUUGCACAAAUACUACGUUUAUAGUGCACCGUAUAUUGAACAUGAGGAACUCGGUGCUUCUAACCUAAUAAUAGGGUUUCCAACUUUCAAUGGACUUUAUACAAUAUAUAUGACAAAUAUGUGGGAGUAUAAAAUGUUCGGUUACACCCGAACUUAGCCCUUCCUUACUUGUUAGUUACGAGUAGUUUAACUUGGCAUUUUUAAGUAUUUUACUAAAGAGUACAAUUAGAACGUUGCCAAUCUAAUUGUAGCAUUUUAUAUAAAAGUUUAAUUGAGGGGAAAAUUGCACAGAAUUUGGAAAACCGUAUAAUUGUAUUAUCUUAAACUAAAAAAACAACCUGAGAAAUAACAAAAAUAACCGGUAAUAGUAAAACAAUCGACAGAAAAGGAAUAAGUUGGUGUUGGUGUAUGCUAUAAAACCCAUUGAAAGUUUCCAAACCCUAACAUUAGGUAUAUGGGAGCUAGUGGAAGUUAUGACCCGAUUUCACUCAUUUUCGGCAUGGAGACAUAUGUGUUAUUAGAAGCAAGAAAUUCUCUCCGAAUUUCUUGAAAAUAUCUAAGAGACUUACUUAUAUUUUCGGUAAAAAGUUUAUUCGAAACUCUGAGGUCCUCAUAUUCGAUAUAUGGGUCUUUGAAUACUUAUGUUCCGAUUUUGGCGAUUUUUAGAAGGGCGAUGGGCGAAGGGCCACACUAUAAAUGUAGUCUUUGUGCAAAGUUCUGUUCCGACAUCUUCACUAGUGCUUACUUUAUAUAUUGUAAAGUAAAUGAUUCAGAUCGACUUCAAAGUUCAUGUAUAUGGGAAGUAGGCAUGAUUGUGAACCGAGUUGGACUAUUUACAUAACAUAUGUAUACCGAAUAAACCGAAUUUCAUUGAUAUUGGUCCUGUAGUUUCGAAUAUAUGGUUUUAGACCCAUAAGUGGGCGGAACCGCACCCAUUUAAAAUUUAGUGUACCAUUUUGAGUACAGCUCUUCUGUAACUUCUUUUUAGUAGUUUUCAACAUAACCUUUGUAUAUGAAGUGGGCGUGGUCCGAUUUCUCCGAUGACUCCUGAAGUUUCGUUUUCGUUUCGCUUUAGUAGUUUACAAGAUAAAAAACUUAGCGGGGUAAGUGUAAAUACGUUAUUUGUGCAUAUUAAAGCAAACUUUUUGGUUCAGAUUAGAAGUCUUCGUCGUCUGGCGUAAGCCCAACACGAAGGGGGAUCCGAAGAGUCUGCGAUGUACAGUGAAGCAUGGUAGAGCUCGUAAUGGUUUGGGGCUGUAUAUCAUCAGAAGAUGUCGGAAACUUGGCUUCUAUAGAACAAACUAUGGAUAUAACUCUUUAUUUAAAUUUAUUGAAACAUAAUUUAUUCCAAAGGGCUUAAAAUUGUGCAUUCAUGGCAGUUUUAUGUUUUGCCAUAACAAUGAUCCGAAGCUCAAAUCGCAAUUAGUGCUAUCGUGUGUAUGUGGAACUGUCUCUAUGUGGUAUAAUCGCCCGCACAAUCACCAGAUCUAAAUGUAAUUGAACAUUUGUGGAGUGUUCUCGAGCAAAAAAUAAGAAAAUAUCACAUAAGCAACAGACAAGACCUAGAAACAGCAUUACAGGUGGAGAGGGAGAAAAUGGGCCUAAUCAUUGAAUCCGCAGUGAAUUCGAUUUCGAUACGAUACAGAUUUUCGAUCGAAAAUGUUCAUGCAAUCAUUGAUUCCGUCGAUACACUGCUUUACCACAAAGUGACAACGUAAAACUGUUUUAUCGACCUUUAUGAUAAAUGUGACAAAUUUGAUAAAUAGUCUGUUCUUUUUGCUUUGUUCAAAAACAUUUAAAACUGAAGUGCUGAACACAAAGACGACUACACGACACGACGUAGCAACGGCUGAUCACAAAUGUCGCUUUGAAGCCAGCGUCUUGAACAUUUUGCAGAUGGCAGCGACAAGUCAAACAGUAAUUUCAUUGCUGCCGUACUGAAACCUUUCACUUCAAUCAAAUGUACAUACUUAGUUUAAAGUGACAUUUUUUGUACAAAAAAUGUAUAAAGGUGUCGAUUUAUUUGUUUUAAAUAAUCGAUUGCUAUUACAAAUGAUAUAUCAAAUCUAUUUUACGGUUCUACUUGCAAAAUAACGCCAUAAUUGUUAGAACUUUAAAUAAUUUUACAUUUCACAUAUUAGUGGCAGCUCUACAGCGACCAUUGUCGUCGGCAAAAUUAGAAACAUUUCUAAUUUGGCGACAACGACAACUACAUGCCUGUUGUCGCGUAGUCGCACAUGCCCUUUAAC